AUGACUGUACAAAUUCCAAAAUUAUUAUUCUUACACGGUUUCUUGCAGAAUGGCAGAGUUUUCUCAGAAAAAUCAUCCGGCAUUCGAAAACUAUUGAAAAAGGCCAAUGUGCAAUGUGACUACAUUGAUGCGCCAGUGCUUCUGGAAAAAAAGGACCUCCCAUUUGAAAUGGACGAAGACAAAUGGCAAGCCACUUUGGAUGCAGAUGUUAACAGAGCCUGGUUCUACCAUAGCGAGAUCUCCCACGAACUGGACGUCUCCGAAGGUGUGAAGUCUGUGGUAGAAUAUAUCAAGGCCAAUGGACCAUACGACGGCAUCGUCGGUUUCUCUCAGGGUGCCGCGUUGUCUUCCAUCAUCACCAACAAGAUAACAGAGCUGGUUCCACACCACCCAGAAUUCAAGGUCAGCGUGGUCAUUUCCGGCUAUUCCUUCACUGAACCAGACCCAGAACAUUCCGGCCAACUAAGAAUCACCGAAAAGUUCAGGGACUCAUUCGCGGCAAAACCAGACAUGAAGACCAAGAUGAUCUUCAUCUACGGUGCUUCUGAUCAGGCAGUCCCAUCUGUAAGAUCCAAGUUUUUGUACGACAUCUACCUAAAGGCCCAAAAUGGCGAUAAAGAAAACGUAUUAGCUUACGAACACCCUGGUGGCCAUAUGGUUCCAAACAAGAAGGACAUUAUAAGACCAAUUGUUGAACAAAUUACCUCUUCCUUGCAAGAAACUUCUGAAUAG